AUGGAGGACAGCACCCUUCACAAGAAAGGGAAGAAGAAAGGAGAGACUCCGGAGAAGGGGAAAGGGAAAAAUAAGAUAAAGGUGGAGAGCUGCGCCCCUGAAGACCAGGAGAGGGACCAGAAGGAUGUGGUCUUCCUGUCAGAGACCAGGGGAAACGCCUUCGAGAUCAAUAUUGAUCAGGGGAGACGCCUGGCCCUGCAGAAUGAGAUCGACAAGGAGUCCAACCCAGUCCAACUCAAAGCAGCACCGGUACCAUCGAGUUUGGGCCAGUGGGGCACCGCCCAGUUUGACAGUUCCGACCAACAAAAUAAGUUCCUGCGGUUGAUGGGCGGCUUCAAGAAGGGCGGGCAGCCAAUGGCAGUAAGCGGUGCAACGGGAGGGCGGGCCAACAUGGCGCUGACGAAAGACGGACAGAAGAGCUUGCAGCAAGGCCUCCUGGGGGAGUUUGAACGCGCUCAGUCGCGCCGCAUGGACUUCACGGGAAGGGGGGUGGGACUUGGGUUCUCGGCGCCGUCCAAUAAGAAGUUCUCGAUCGACAUCAACGCAACCCGGUCAGUGCGCUUUUGAUGACUGAGUCGGGACAGACCCUUGAGUGUGUGUGUGUAGCCUCCAAAACGGAUUUGGAUGAGUGUGUGUGCACCUUUUCUCUUGCAGGGUCGUGGGAGUGGGCCUGUGGGGAUGUGGUGUGUAUGAAUAUGUGUGUGUAUAUAUAUACUGAACAAAAAUAUAAACGAAACAAUUUCAACGAUUUUACUGAGUUACA